AUGGCGGGGUUGAAUGGCAAUUGGCAGGUUGGAGCAGCAAAUCUUCUGGUUGACACUCGACAACGUAAUGACGCCAAGAACUGCUUCGAGGACCGAAAAGUUGAGCAAUCUGAAUCUUCCGCGUUCCAAAAAUCCCUGGGCUUUCUGAGGGAAAUUGUGACAACCAAGCGACAAACUCUGCAAGGACUGCGCAGCGGGCACUCUUUCGGGAAGGGCCGUGGGGCAGCCAAGCACGACAUCCCGACGGAUGCUUUGCACUAUGCCGCAGCCAUCUAUCCCGCUACGAUGAAGGUUCUCGACACGAUCGCCUACGCCGUAGCCGUACUUCCUCUGGCAGCCGCAGACUGGCAAUUCAAGUCUCGAACAGACCUGGCUCCGCCGCGUCUGAACAUCACAAUCCCCGCGACUGCAGACGUCGAAAAGGGUUAUCUCUUCGUGGCACCGUUCCCAGGUCAAUGGGCUGAGCCCCAGUUUCAUGGCCCGCGUCAGGAGGGACCAUAUAUCUUCCGCGAUGACGGCGAGCUCGUCUGGUCUGGGUAUACCUACUAUUCUGUCUGGGCAGCCAACUUCCAAGCUGCCCGAUGGAAGGGCCAGGAUGUGCUGUUCAGCUUUGAGGGCGACCACAACCCGGCCUAUGGACAUGGACACGGGCAUGCGACUAUUCUGAAUCAGCAUUAUGAGACUGUUCGCGAGCUGCGAGCGGGUAACCAUAAGCUCAUGGAUAAGCAUGAGUUCCAUGUGAUCGAUGAGAAAACUGCCCUGAUCCAAGUGUACCAGCCGAUCCCAAUUGACCUGAGUCGAUGGGGUGGCAGAUCAGAGCAGCAGUGGAUUGUGGAUGCUAUCUUCCAGGAAUUGGAUCUUCAAACUGGUGAACUACUCUUUGAGUGGUCCAGCCUUGAGCAUGUCAGUCCGGAUGAAGCCGUCCUUCCUCUGAACCCUGGCCAGGCCGGUGCGGGCUACAAUUCCUCUGAUGCAUGGGACUAUUUCCACAUCAACUCGGUUGACAAAGAUGCGGAGGGUAACUACCUGAUCUCCGCCCGAGAUGCCUGUGCCGUCCACAAGAUCAACGGUACCACCGGUGAGAUUAUCUGGCGUUUGGGUGGUCUCCGAUCGGACUUUGACCUGGGACCCAAUGUCCGGUUCUGCUUCCAGCACCACGCUCGAUUCCUCUCCCAGGAAGGCAACGAAGAGAUCAUCUCGCUGUUCGACAACUCCGCCCAUGGCACGGAGAACCACCGCGGGCACGAAGUCCAUACGCACCCCUUCUCGCAGGGUAAGAUUAUCUCCGUCAACACGGCUACCUGGACCGCACGGACCGUUCAGGCGUUCCAACCCCCUGACGGGCUCCUCGCAAAGUCGCAGGGCAGCACUCAGAUCUUGCCUAACGGCAACGCCUUAGUCAACUGGGGCUCUGAAGGAGCCAUGACGGAGUUCCGACCGGACGGAACCCCCAUCUUCCACGCUUACAUGGACUCGGAUCUGCUUGGCGAAGGGGUCCAGAACUAUCGCGCAUUCCGGUACAACUGGACCGGUCUACCGAUCGAAGAGCCUGCCAUUAUUGCCCAGAAGACCUCGUCGGGGACUGCGGUGUAUGUGUCGUGGAACGGGGAUACAGAGACCGCGCUCUGGCGAUUCUACGCGGUGACCGACCGGUAUGGAUCACGAUCAUUCCUGGGCGAGGCGCAGCGCCAGGGCUUCGAGACGGAGUUCUUCUUGCGCGGGUAUUCGUACAAGCAUGUCUCGGCAGAGGCUGUCUCGGGUACUGGCCGCGUGUUGAAAAACACCCAAGUGGUGCGUCUUCAGGAUGAGGUGGUGCCUCCGACCGCGAAUGGCUUUGGGGGUAGCCCAGCUGCUUGGCGGCAAUUGGUGCUACAUGACUAA